UAAGGCAGUUUUGGUUACAACUGGUGGUUGCUUUCCGAGAGUCUAUUUGGAUUCCCAAGUGGGUUUAUCCUAAACCAAACAAAGGGUGAGGAGCUGCCCGUGGUUUCUUCCUCUGUUCAGGCAGGUCUCAAAGUGGUGUGAGAGUGUUUGCAGACAUAGAACUGAAAGGGAGUGGAAGUGGGCUGGCAUAAAGCUGGAUGUGACCUUUUUUUGUGUGCAGUGAGCAGUUUCUGCAUGAGCUGGGGGAAAAAAAAAGUGACACUUGAUAUUCUUUUUUCACAGGUAUCCAUCCGGAGAAUUAAAAAUCCUGAAGAAUGGCUCUACCUACCUCCAAGAAUCUGGUUGAAAAUUUCAUUUUUCUUCUGUUUGUAAUUUCUUCUGUAAGCACAGGAGAAGCAGCUGCCACGUGUCCCGAUAAGGAUCCUGAGUUAGAAAACUGGAACCCAGGUCAUGACAAAGAAAACCGCAUUGAAAUCCGUAAUGGCAGGAAGCUCCUUCUCUCUUCUUCUGCCACUGUCCACUCUAUCCACAUCACUGAUGGAGGAAAACUGGUCAUUAAAGAUGAUGUGCAGCCCAUCAUUUUGCGUACUAGACAUAUACUAAUUGAAAAUGAUGGAGAGUUACAUAUUGGCAGUGAGAUGUGCCCUUACCAAAGCAACGUGAUUAUCAUCUUGUAUGGGCGAGCGGAUGACGGCAGCCAACCCAAUCCCUACUUCGGACAGAAGUAUCUUGGAGUAAGCAAGGGUGGCACUCUUGAGAUCCACGGAAAGAAGAAGCUGUCCUGGACUUUCCUAAACAAAACUCUUCACCCUGGUGGCAUGGAAGAAGGCGGAUAUUACUUUGAAAGGAGCUGGGGCCAUCGGGGUGUCAUUGUCCAUGUUAUCAACCCAAAGACAGGAGCCGUUGUCCAUUCGGAUCGGUUUGAUACCUACCGAGCAAAAGAGGAAAGCAUGCGGCUUGCCCAGUAUUUGGGCAAAGUUGCUAAUGGCAUGAUCCUGUCGGUGGCAGUGAACGAUGAAGGAUCCAGAAACUUGGACGACUCGGCCAGGAAAGCAAUGACCAAACUGGGCAGCAAGCAUUUCCUCCACCUUGGGUUUAGGCACCCAUGGAGUUUUAUUACCAUUAAAGGAAAUCCCUCCUCUUCUGUUGAAGACCACAUUGAAUAUCAAGGUCACAAAGGGUCAGCUGUGGCCAAAGUAUUCAAACUAUUCAAAGCUGAGAACGGGGAACAUUUUAAUGUCUCUUCAACUAGUGAGUGGGUUCAAGAUGUAGAAUGGACAGAGUGGUUUCAGAAGCCUGGCAAAGCAAGGUCUAAGGACAUGGAGAAGCUUUCUGACUUCAAAGCUGCUCAUCCUGAUAAAAUCUGUAGGCAACCCAUUGACAUCCAGGCAAUGACGCUGGAUGGAGCUAGUUUAACAACGGAGGUUUUCUACAAGGGUGGCCACGAUUACAGGUUCCUGUGCCAUGGGAAGGACCAGACAGGCGAGGGCUGCCAGAACUACAGAGUACGGUUCCUGUGUGGCAGAUCUGUGAAACCAAAGCUUACAGUAACCAUUGACACCAAUGUGAACAGCACGAUCCUGAACCUGGUGGAUGACGUGAGCUCAUGGAAACCCGGAGACAGGCUUGUGGUUGCAAGCACUGACUACUCCAUGUACCAGGCAGAGGAGUUCCAAGUACUGCCAUGCAGAACCUGCAGACCCACCCAGGUCAAGGUAGCAGGGAAAGCAACAUACCUCCACAUUGGUGAGGUCGUUGAUGGUGUUGAUAUGCGAGCAGAAGUGGGGCUGCUGAGCCGCAACGUCGUGGUGAUGGGCGAGAUGGAGGAGCAGUGCUAUGAGUACGGCAGCAAGUUGUGCUCCUUCUUUGAUUUCGACACCUUUGGGGGACACAUCAAAAUUGGUCUUCAUUUUAAGGCUACCCAUAUUGAAGGUCUAGAACUGAAAUACAUGGGCCAGCAGACGAUGGGACAUUACCCAAUUCACUUCCAUAUGGCUGGAGAUGUGGAUGAGAAAGGAGGCUACAACCCCCCAACAUAUGUGAAGGAUGUCUCCAUCCACCAUACUUUCUCUCGAUGUGUCACAGUCCAUGGAUCCAAUGGUCUACUGGUGAAGGAUGUGGUGGGUUAUGAUGCACUGGGCCAUUGCUUCUUCACAGAGGAUGGCCCAGAAGAGCGCAACACGUUUGAUCACUGCCUUGGACUGCUUGUUAAACCCAGCACGCUGCUCCCCUCCGACCGGGACAGCAGGAUGUGCAAGUUGAUCACAGAGGGGGCUUACCCAGGGUACAUCCCUAAACCCAGGCAGGACUGUAGCGCCGUAUCCACCUUUUGGAUAGCCAACCCACACAACAACCUUAUAAACUGUGCAGCUGCGGGAUCCGAAGAAACAGGCUUUUGGUUUGUUCUGCACCAUGUGCCAACAGGGCCCUCGGCAGGCAUGUACUCUCCUGGCUACUCGGAGCACGUGCCCAUGGGGAAAUUCUCCAACAACCGCGCGCAUUCCAACUACCGGGCUGGAAUGAUCAUUGAUAAUGGUGUUAAAACCACCCCAGCCUCAGCCAAGGACAAAAGACCGAUCCUGACUCUGAUUUCUGGCAGAUACAGCCCACACAAAGAUGCUGAUCCUUUGAAGCCGAGGGAACCUGCAAUAAUUGACCACUUUAUUGCCUACAAGAAUCAGGAUCACGGUGCCUGGCUACGGGGUGGAGAUGUGUGGCUGGACAACUGCCAGUUUGCUGACAACGGCAUUGGUCUGACCUUGGCAAGUGGUGGGACUUUCCCUCAUGAUGAUGGCUCAAAGCAAGAAAUCAAGAACAGCCUGUUCGUUGGCGAGAGUGGGAACCUGGGCACAGAGAUGAUGGACAAUGAGAUCUGGGGACCUGGAGGUCUGGAUCACAGAGGAAGGACCCUGCCCAUCAGCCCGGAUUUUCCCAUCCGAGGGAUUCAGUUCUACGACGGGCCCAUCAACGUGCAGAACUGCACCUUCCGCAAGUUCGCGGCCCUGGACGGCCGGCACACCAGCGCCCUGGCCUUCCGGCUCAACAACGCCUGGCAGAGCUGCCCCAACAACAACGUCACCCACAUCCAUUUCGAAGACGUCCCUAUUACCUCAAGGGUCUUCUUUGGAGAACCUGGACCCUGGUUCAAUGAUCUGGAUAUGGAUGGUGAUAAAACAUCAGUUUUUCAUGAUGUAGAUGGUUCUGUGUCAGAAUAUCCAGGUUCAUACCUGAUAAAAGAAGAUAACUGGUUAAUCAAGCACCCGGACUGCAUUGACGUGCCCGACUGGAGAGGGUCCAUCUGCAGUGGACACUUUGCACAGAUAUACAUCCAAGCCUACAAGCCAGCCAACCUAAAAAUGAAAAUAAUAAAAAAUGACUACCACAAUCACCCACUCUACUUGGAAGGGGCUUUGAGCAAAAGCACUCAUUACCAGCAGUAUCAGCCAGUUAUAACUCUGAGGAAAGGCUACACCAUCCACUGGGACAAGACAGCCCCUGAAGAGCUGGCCAUAUGGCUCAUCAAUUUCAACAAGAACGACUGGAUCCAAGUAGGAUUUUGCUAUCCUAAAGGGACGACAUUUUCCAUUCUCUCAGACAUCCACAAUCGUCUGUUGAAGAAAACGAACAAAACUGGAACCUUCUAUAGAACCUUUCAAAUGGAGAAACUGGAGCACAGAUAUCCUAGCAAAGGAUACUACUACUGGGAUGAGGACACUGGGCUGCUCUUUCUGAAACUCAAAGCUCAAAAUGAGAAGGAUAAAUUUGCUUUCUGCUCUGUCAAGGGCUGUGAACGAAUAAGGAUCAAAGCUGUGAUCCCACAGGCAGCUGGCAUCAGUGACUGUGAAGCCAUGGCUUAUCCCAAGUACAUGGAGACACCAAUAGUAGAGGUGCCAAUGCCCAAGAAGCUCUCUAGUGCACAACUGAAGACUAAGGACCACCUGCUAGAAGUGAAAAUAGAGACUUACAAGAAACAGUACUUCCACCUAAAGGAUGACUUUGCAUACAUUGAGGUUGAUGGUGUAAGGUUUUUCCUCACUGAUGAGGGCAUCCAACUGGUUGUGAUCGAUGGACAUCAUGGAAAAGUUGUCGAUCGAGUAACAUUCAAAAACUCAAUUCUACAAGGAAUCCCAGCACAGAUAGAAAAUUACAUCAACAACAUCAAAGAUCACUCCAUAGUGCUGGUGACAUCUAAAGGAAGAUUCAUUUCAAGAGGACCGUGGACUAAAGCUCUGGAGAAACUUGGAGCAGAAGAGGGUUUUAGGUUAAAAGAAAAAAUGGCUUUUGUUGGCUUCAAAGGCAGCUUCCACCCUGUCUGGGUGAAGCUGGUCACUAAUGAGGACUCAGCUAAAAUCUAUCAAGCACUGCCAAUUCCUGUGGUGAAGAAAAUGAAAUUAUGAGGACGCACUGCUCUGCCUUCUGGCUGCCAGCACUGCCCUGUGGGACAGACUACUGACUGCUCAGCCAGGCACCCUGCCAGCUCCAGAGGUGUUGUGUUGCUGUUGUUGUUGUUCAAAAAGAAAUCUUACUGUAAGUAGCUAGAGUGGCCACAUGUGACAGAAAAGCCUUCCUCUGUGACCAGCUUAUGUUCUGUGAUCACCAGCUCCUCGCUGGCUGACUUGCUCACUGAUGCCACGUUGACUCUCGUGUUACUACACAAGGUUUGACCUGUUUUGCAAAGUGCUGGUUUUAUCAGCACCCCUGUGACAGACUAACUUAUGUGCUGCCUCUCAAAGGGGGAGUUCUAGAUCUGAAGGCCAUUGAGGUUUACUGUUUUUACCAGCCUCUAAAUUGUCUGAACACUUCUUUCUUUUUUUUCUGUUGUGUAGGUAGCCAUUCACAUAAACAUGGCAUUGCAAUUCAAAGGCUGGUUAAAAACCUAAGAUAGAGUAUAUGUGAAUGAUUGCCUAGAUGCUGGGACUCAUAACUGGACAGUAAAAAAUGAUCCUGAAGCUUCUAUGAUGCUUGAUCAAGCUGUUCAGGAUCUGUGUUGCACGUGCUAACGCAUGGCACAUAUUUGGGGAAGAGGGGAUAGAAGAGAAAACAUACCAGCAGAGACUGAUGAAACCACAUCUUUCUACUUGCUUAGAACAUGAUGUUUCUCCCAUGGAUCAAGGUGGGUUUUUUUAAUAGUGGUUGUUCAAAAGGAAGUUUUCCUUCAAAAGCAGCUGUAGGCUAGAAGGAAAGUCAAUCAGCACGUGUUUUCUCAGCCUUUCCCAGGCAGUCCCUUCAAAUAAUAGUGUUCAGGAUCAAUCUGGAGGGUUUAGUCGGGGCAGUCUGUGGCAUCCUGCUCAAGGCUUCCAGACUUAACUGGGCAUACUGGGACUCACCUCAUUCAGCCUCCAAUAGGAUGAAGGGCCGUUGUCUUUCCAGGGAGGGAAUGGGAUCAGGCUGCUCUACUGUGUGUUGUUACUGAUCAUGGCCUCAGGCUUAAGGGCAUGAGUGUCUUGAUCCUUCUGGGAGAGUUACGUGCAAUCUGGAUGGAAGGUGAGAGAGAUCUUGCCAGUUAGCUGAAGAAUUAAGAGUGGGACUCCACAUACACCCAUUGGAUAUCUUGUACCUUCUUUCCCCCUUCUUCAAAGCAAUAUCUGGGUAAUGAAGGCAGAUCAGUGUGAAUCAGGACUUCUGCAGAGACAUCUCUUGGAGCUGGGAAUUUACACAUUAUCUUGUAAAAGCUUUUAAGCACUUCCAGUGUUCAGUGAUAUUUCUGUCUAUUGCUCAGAAAUGCCAUGAAGGCACCUCUGGAGCCUGAGGCUAUUCCAAGAAAGCUAAGAGGGUUUAGAAAAGAUAGGAUGAAGGCUUUUCAAAGCACAAAGAAUGUUAAUUUUUCCAGUAAUAUCUGGGUUUGUUUUCCCACUUUAUCUCUGCCUUCCCCCACUGCUACAGAAAUUCUUCUAGUUGCUGAUGGUUACUUUGUUUUGCUCUGCUUUAAUUAAAACUCAUGUAAUUAAGUGGAGCUUUUUAUCACCAUAGGUGAAAUGGUCUUUUGCAUCUAGCAUGGAAGAACAAGCAUUUUGUGUGUCAUUCCAAAGUCUGGGCAGUGUUGCACUCUAUAAGCCCAGUUCAGAUAAAUUGCUCUGCAAGUCAAAGCAACCAUGAGGAAAAGUUAGAUAGUACUGUAGAUUUCAGACCCCUCAAGCCUCUCCUGGGUUUUGAAACUGGAAAUGUUCUUUUCAGUCUUAUUAUAUAGUUGUUUUGAAAUCACUGAAUGUCAUGUGUGUUGUAUUUAAAGAAGAAGAGCCAAGCUUUUCCUCCCUUGCUUCUCAACAAGAGCCUGUUAAAGAAUGCUCCUUAGGCAUUUGUGCCAUUUCCAGAAUGAAUAGGCAAGACUUGUAAAAGGCAAGUAAGGUGGGCUGGAUUUUCCCCCAAAAAACUUAUGAUGGUUUAAGGAUGUCACACCUUAUUCCUUGAAAAAGUCAGUCCCACUUUUGGUUCAACUGUGAUUAUCCAAAUGUCAUUUAUCUGACAUUCUCUGAUAACCAAAAGAGAUCCCAGAAGUCAAGCAAACAGACUAAAGAAAAACUCCCUUGGGAACAUUAGUCUGGGUUACCUAAACCUCUUCCCUGUCCUAAGGCAGAUCUGUUGGUACUGUUGCACCUUUUAGGGGAACACAUUCGCUCCCAAGAGAGGGAACAAAGCAGGAGUAUUUAUUUCAUGAGCACUUGACAGACAGUGGGCAGGAAAGGUAGGCUCAGAACGUGCCUGGUUUGGGAUGUGGCUUUGUUUGACCCCCAGGGCAGGGGCUGUGCUCUGGGGAACACUGAGCCCCUGGGUCACCAGGGAUUUACUGCUCCUGAGCCCUGUAAAUGUCCAGGAGGUGUUGCCAGGUGGGUCUAUCCCCUUGACUGGUUUGCUCAGCUUCUACGAGCACUCUGACUUUGUGCUGAAUUGUAGCUUCUGAUUUUAUUAUUUUGGGAAUUCUCAGGGUGAAAUCAUAGGACUUGGCUCUAGGAAAAGCUGUUUGUUGUUGCUUUUUUUUUUUUUUAAUUCUUAUGUUAUUUUUUUUUCCUAAAAAAAAAUCUCAUCUUGUUAAGAGAAGAAAACUUGUAAGUAGCUUGUUUUAUCAUUCAAAUCUCGUCACAUGGGGCCUGUUUUGGAGCUAGGGGUGGGUCUCAAGCUGUGAAUAUGGAGUACAGGAUCACUGCAGUCUGUAGGCCUGAGGGCUAAGCAGAGCAUGGCAGCAGGGGGCAGCAGGGCAGACACACCUGUGCAAUGCAAAGGGCUCCCGUCGACCUUCAUGGGAUGAACUCAGUGUGUCGCUCUGAAGAAGGAAUGAAGUCUAACAUCAUCACCAGUCAGCAAUAGCUUUGUGCCAUAUGAUUACUUUUUAAUCCUUGACUGUUCUAGACGUUGCACGUGCACAUUUUGACUAGCAAAUUACCUGGCUGCUUGUUUGUACGUCCUUUUAGCAGUCCCUGCACAAGCUGCUGUUCUCCUCUUUGUGAGGUUUUGUUGCUGCAAAUGUUUCCGUGUUUGCCUACACAGUUGCUGUUGGUAGAGUGGGUUUUUUUUCGGUUGCAUUUGGUCUGUUUGUUUGUUUGGAUGUUUGGAAUUUUUGCUUUUGUUCAAAUGCUUGUUUUACCUGUCGCCGAAAUAGCUGGUCCUUUUUCGGAGUUAGAUGUUUGUACAUUUUCUUAUAGACUUUCCAAUGAAAAAAAAAAAUAUUAUAUUUUCUAUUAAUUUAUUACAGUGGCACUAAGACAACAAAAUUGCGGACAUAUGAAGCAUUUUUACUGGAGUUUAGCAUUGUCCAGGUUGUUAAGGAGGUCAGCAGUAUGUCUUUUCUGGUAAUCUGCUUUGCACUUGGAGGAUCUCUGUGUCCACAGACCGUGGUGAUGCAUUGACUGGUUUAUCAUGACAAGAGCUCUUGGGACGCUGGUUCCAACAGAUUGUGGCUUACAACUGAAUUAACAUGUAGUUGAUUGAAGUACACAAUGUUUAUAAAAAUAAAUAUUCAGUGCAGAUUUCCUAUUUUA